AGCGACACCUGCUGCACCACUGCCCCCGACCAAAACUCAGCAGAAAAAAAAAAAAACAAAAAAACAAAAAAACGAACAACAAAACAAAGAAACAAUAAUGAUACGAAGUUUGAUUCUUUCCUUUCUCUUCUGGCAGCUGAUCCUCCUCCUCUUUGCCAAACCAUCUCUGACCGACGCCGCCGGUGGCCGGUGGGAACUCUUGCAGAAAAGCAUAGGCGUCUCAGCCAUGCACAUGCAACUACUCAAAAACGACCGCGUCGUCAUAUUCGACCGCACCGACUUCGGCAAGUCCAACCUGUCGCUGCCCAACGGCCAAUGCCGCAACGACCCAAACGAGUUAGCGCUGAAGAUGGACUGCACUGCGCACUCGGCGGAAUACGACGUCGCAACCAACACCUUCCGAGCGCUCUUCGUCCAAACAGAUGUUUGGUGCUCCUCCGGGGCUGUGAUGCCCGAUGGCCGUCUGAUCCAGACUGGCGGCUUCAACGACGGUGAACGAAGGGUCAGGAUAUUCACUCCCUGCGCUAGCUGUGACUGGAAAGAGAUAGAAAACGGACUAGUGGCUCGCCGAUGGUACGCCACCAAUCAUAUUCUACCAGAUGGACAGCAGAUUGUGAUCGGCGGUAGAAGACAGUUUAACUAUGAGUUUUAUCCCAAGAAUGGUGGACCUGCUAACACGUAUAGUUUGCCAUUUCUGGUGCAAACCAAUGACGCGGGCAUAGAGAACAAUCUGUACCCAUUUGUUUUCCUCAACGUUGAUGGGAAAUUAUUCGUUUUUGCCAAUAACCGAGCUGUUUUGCUCGACUAUGCCAACAACAAGAUCGUGAAGACGUACCCGGAGAUACCCGGCGGCGAUCCGAGGUGUUAUCCUAGCACUGGGUCGGCGGUGUUGCUGCCGAUUAAGAACCUGCAAGCACAGUUUGUUGAAGCGGAGGUUUUGGUAUGUGGUGGAGCUCCCAAAGGGUCUUACAAACAGGCCACGAAGGGUAACUUUGUCGGAGCUUUGAAUACCUGCGCUCGGAUGAAGAUCACCGAUCCGAAUCCCCAGUGGGCCCUGGAGACAAUGCCCCAAGCGAGAGUCAUGGGCGACAUGACGUUGCUUCCAAAUGGCAACGUAUUGAUCAUCAACGGCGGGUCGGCGGGAACAGCUGGAUGGGAAUACGGGCGAGACCCGGUCUUGAAUCCUGUUAUUUACCGGCCCGACAACGAACUCGGAUCACGGUUCGAGUUACAAAACCCGACCACCAUACCUCGCAUGUACCAUUCCACGGCAAUUUUACUCCGCGACGGCCGGGUACUCGUCGGCGGUAGCAACCCUCACAUGGGGUACACGUUCACCAACGUGCUUUUCCCUACAGAACUAAGCUUAGAGGCUUUUUAUCCUCCUUAUUUGGACUCUCAGUUUUCCAAUUUGCGCCCAAAAAUUGUGUCACCUGCUUCCCAAGCCGAGCUCAGCUACGGCCAGAAAUUAGCGGUUCGGUUUUCGGUCACGGGAACGCUAGCACAGAAAUUGGUCUCCGUAACAAUGGUGGCGCCGUCUUUUACAACGCACUCGUUCUCGAUGAGCCACAGGCUGUUGGUACUUGAUGCCGAGAAGGUGACAAAUCUUGAGAAAUCUACGUAUGAAGUUCGGGUCACGACACCCGGGUCUGGCAAUCUUGCACCGUCCGGAUAUUAUCUUCUCUAUGUGGUUCAUCAGGAAAUUCCUAGCGAGGGCAUUUGGGUCCAAAUCCAGUGACAAAAACUGAAGUUUUUUUUUUUUUUUUUUUUUUAAUUAUUUUUCGUAUUGCAAUUGGUUGAAAAAUGAAGUGUUUAAAAAGUAUUAUCGGCAACUGAAAAAUCCUUAAGAUAUGGAUUGGAGGUUGUUUAUGUAAACUUAUACCUGAUUUUACAAAAAAUUAGGGUGCAAUGUAAAAUUUUCAAAUAUAUGACUAAUUAAAUAAAGUCACAAGGAUUGUUGUUAA